UGUAUGAAUAAGAUACGUUUGUAAUGAGAAUAGGAGAAAUACUAUUUCAAAUAUCAGAAAUAAUUAGAUACUUCUUGCACGAAACCUACUACUUACUUGUUACUUGUUAUUAUUACACGAAAAUGAAAAGGUGGUUUUCAACAUGGAUGUGGAGUUUUUGAGAUAUAAAUAUGAAGAUGGAGCGGAGGGAUUUAUAAUGAAGAAAAAGUUCAUGAUAGGCGUGCGUCACCUUCAAGCCCUCUACAUGUUCGCGGUCUCCGUGGUGCUGGGUCUACUGCGUGGCAGCAGCGGUGUAGCCAUGCUAGCCAUCAACGACCCGGCGCGGCUCAACGACACAUACAUAGAGAUCCACGAUUGGGACAGAAGAACACAAUCCACCACAUUUUCAUCUUUUCUGUUUGGCUACGCUCUUAUGCUGCUACCAGCAGAACUUUGCGUCAGCCAGUUUGGAAGCAAAAUGUUCGUCACCGCCGUUCUUGCCAUGAAUGGCGGAUUUAAUGCGGCUAUGCCUAAUAUUGUGAACAAGGGAGGCUGGAUAGCAGUGUCCAACACCCAGUUCCUACUAGGAAUGUCUCAAGCUUGUUUAGCUCCUGCAAAUAGAAUUAUGCUCGAAAACUGGAUGCCUCCCAAUGAAAAAACCUUCUUCAGCAGUAUAGUUUACGGAGGUACGUAUCUAGGCAUGAUUCUGUCAUUACCAUGCACCGGUGCGCUCUCAACACACCAACUUGGCUGGGAACUGAUCUUCUACGCGCAAGCCAUGGCUGCAUUGUCGUCAUGUGCUGUAUGGGGCAUACUCACGGCAGCUGCUCCGCAAUGGCAUCAAGCUAUUGGGGAUAAGGAGAGAGAAUACAUCGAAGAAGCUAAAGGGUUUUAUAAAAAGAAACAACAGCCAGUCCCGUGGCGCGACAUUCUUCGCUCGCCCUCCUUCUGGUCUCUAGCUGCUGCCCACGCAGCUUUCAACGCCGUGUUUGUUUUCUUCCUUUUCGACGUGCCUUACUUUUAUACUAUAUUUGGAAGGACAUUAAAAGAUGCAUCAGUAUUGGCAACGUUGCCUUUUGUGGUGAUGUGGUUGGUCUAUCUCACCACAUCUCCAACCAUCGAGUGGGUAUACAACUCAGGGUUCAUGAGUUAUGUACUCAGUACUACCUACUACAGAAAGUUGAUUAACGCCUUAGGAGCUUUUGGGGCAAUAAUUGGACUGACUGUACUUUCGAAUAUAAACCCGGACUCUGGUAUAGCUGUCGUCAUAUUGACCAUAACACUGGGUGUAACUGGAUUUCAAUAUUCUGGAUUCCUUGACAACUAUCGCAACCUGUCUCAGAACUUCAACGGUACUUUGGUUAUCCUGACCAGCGCAGGCGCUAGCAUCGUUGGUGCUGGAGUGCCUCUCUUCACGGGCUUUAUCCUCAGUCCUGACCCUACGGAUUUCCGUCGCUGGCGCGCUGUUUUUCUCUCCCUCGCCAGUUUCUCAGUAUUGGGAAACGUGCUGUAUACAGUGCUCGGUCGAGGGGACCGCGCCGAGUGGGAUCGAGAUCGGAUCAAGUUCGGUUACCAUAAUGAUGCAAAUCAGCUAGAGUUGGAGGAGCUCAGCCUGCCGAAGACCUCGCCAAAGGACGACCGACCCUUACAGUAAUAAACGAUUUUCAAUUGCAGAGC